GAGAGAGAGAGAGAGAGAGAGAGAGAGAGCGGUUACAAUGGCUGAUUCAAACAUCCACCAUAAUCCCGACCCAGCUCUCGAGCCCUCCCACCAACACCACCACCAACACCAUCACCACUCUCCCCGCGUCGACAUCCCUGGCCACGAUGAUCCCGUCUACACAACCGGCACAACAGACGCCCCAGGUGUAAUCCCUCCCCAGCGCCACUCCCACGAGAAGGAAAAGACAGCGCCUACACCUCCUGACUACAGCGACCACGAGAAGCACGAAGCAGGCGUCGUCGACGAGUCCGCCCGCGCAAACUCCCACAGCGACACCCCCGCUGUAAUCGGCUGGCGCAGACGUCUCGGCCCCGUAUAUCGCUACCGCCGCCCUAUAAUCCACCUCAUCCUCUUCUGCCUCUUCACAGGCUGGUGGAUCGCAUCUCUCGUGCUGCACCGCAACGACAAGAACUGGGUUGUCCCUUUCCUCGUGUGGCUCGCCAUCACCCUCCGUCUGUUCUUCUUCCACGUUCCCAGCCGCCAUGUCUCCAACGCCAUCAAGAAGGUCUGGCUUCACACAGCUGUCAGGAUCUACGAGCUCGUCCCGUCUCACCUGCGCACUCUCGCUGGCGCUACCGUCACUGUAGCUGCUAUUCUCGUCGGCGCUUUUGUUUCGGAGGAGGUCGCUGAUAAUACCCGUGAGAACCGCGCUAUUAGUCUUUUCGGCAUGGUCGUCUUCCUCUUCCUCCUCUGGAUUACUAGCAAGGACCGUAAGCGAAUCAACUGGCGCACUGUCAUCGGCGGUAUGCUCACGCAAUACGUUAUCGGUCUCUUUGUUCUUCGAACAACCGUUGGAUACGACAUCUUCCGCUUCAUCGCCGACCGCGCCGCUGAUCUUCUCGGCUUCGCCAAGGCUGGUGUUGCAUUCCUGACCAGCGAAGACGUCGCCAACACGGGCAACUUCUUCUUUGGCGUCAUCCCCGCCAUCAUCUUCUUCAUCUCCCUCGUGCAGGUUCUCUACUACAUCGGUUUCGUCCAAUGGUUCAUCGUCAAGUUCGCUACUUUCGUCUUCUGGGGUCUCGGCGUCUCAGGCGCUGAAGCCGUCGUCGCUGCAGCUACACCCUUCAUCGGCCAGGGAGAAUCAGCCAUGCUUGUCCGUCCUUUCGUUCCUCACAUGACCAAGGCCGAGCUUCACCAGAUCAUGACCUGUGGAUUCGCUACCAUCUCAGGAUCCGUACUUGUCGGAUACAUUGGUCUCGGUCUCAACCGCGAAGCUCUCGUGUCAUCCUGCAUCAUGUCUAUUCCUGCCUCUCUGGCUAUUUCCAAGAUGCGAUAUCCCGAGACCGAAGAGACCCUCACAGCUGGACGUGUAGUCAUCCCUGAUGAUGAUGAGCACAAGGCAGAGAAUGCUCUUCACGCUUUCGCCAAUGGUGCAUGGCUCGGAAUCAAGAUCGCCGGUACCAUCGUCUGCUCUCUUCUCUGCAUUAUUGCUCUGGUCGCUUUCAUCAAUGGUCUCUUGACCUGGUGGGGACGAUACCUCAACAUCAACAGUCCCCCUCUUACUCUCCAGCUCAUUCUUGGAUACCUUCUCUUCCCCGUGUCUUUCCUCCUCGGUGUAUCUCGCACCAACGGAUCCAACAAGACAGGCGAUAUCCUCCCCGUCGCCAAGCUCAUCGCCGAGAAGAUCAUCACCGUACGUUUCCCUCCCCUCUUACUUGCAUCUUAUCAGAUACUGACACAUCUUAGAACGAGUACAAGGCCUUCAGCCUCCUCACCAACCCCUCCCCUAAGGACAACGAAUUCUACGGCCUCUCCCCCCGCUCCCAGCUCAUCGCCACCUACGCCCUCUGCGGUUUCGGCAACAUUGGCUCCCUCGGUAUCCAGAUCGGUAUCCUCAGCCAGCUCGCCCCCUCUCGCGGCGGUGAUGUCGCCAAGCUUGCUGUUUCCGCCCUCAUCUCUGGUGUUCUCGCCACUCUCACCUCUGCCAGUGUCGCUGGUCUCGUCGUCACCAAUCAGCUUUCAAGUUUCGGCCAGAACGCUUCCUCAUGAUUGGAUUGAUGAAAAAUGCAAGAGAAUGAGGAAAAGACAUGUGUGUGUAAGAAAAAAUGUUUGAAGGGUCGAUGAUUAUGUCGAUAUGCUAUACUAUACUAUACUAUUUACAAAUGCUAUACUGAAGACCACGAGAUGGUACUAAUUCACAUCACUUCUCUACCGUGAUGUCAUUCUUCAUCUGCUAUACUCCCUUGCACUCUUGCACUACGCCAUACUCAGUCUCACUUGCAUCGUCACUUAGAAGUGAAAAAUUUGAUCAAGACUGAACCACCCUCGUCCGAGGCACAGGCCAUUCUCAAUGACACAUCGUACCACAAAACACCAAGCGGGGUUAUCAAAUACACAUUUUUCGUACAUCUAUCAUGGCAUGAGAAUAAUCAGAUGCAGUUACCGAAAUCGGCUGCGUUGGCCCAUCAUCGUCUGAUCGACAGAUAAGCGGACCGAACUGCCGGAGAUGUCAACUCCCAGUGUCAACUCCCAGUGGAUUGGUAAAUCACAGAGGGGUGUCUAUAGACGACAUGGUUGUUGAUGCCAUGCAUGUCGAGGGUGUAGACUAGACG